UUGGGCGAAAUCUACGAUUUGUUCGAUCUUCUACUAAAAUAAUUUCCAAUACCAUAUGCCCCUACCAAAAUUUGUCCAACAGGUAUAUAUAAUCCAAGCUUUCUAUUGUUGGGAUUCCCACAACCAGGUAAAGAACUCUUUAAGCCUUACCAGUUAAUGGCUAGCACAGAAGAGAUGUCUCCAGGAAGCUCUAUGCAUGGUGUUUCAGGCAAAGAACAAACCUUUGCUUUUUCAGUAACCAAUGACCCUGAAAUCCCAACAGAUACCACUGCAAAAUUCUCACUUCCGGUGGAUUCAGAACACAAAGCCAAAGUGUUCAAUCUCUUAUCCUUAGCUAAUCCACACAUGACCACUUUCCACCUUUCUUGGCUCUCCUUCUUCACUUGCUUCGUCUCAACUUUCGCAGCAGCUCCUUUAGUUCCCAUCAUUAGAGACAACCUUAACCUGACAAAGAAAGACAUAGGCAAUGCUGGGAUUGCUUCUGUUUCUGGAAGUAUCUUCUCUAGGCUUGUAAUGGGUGCAGCUUGUGAUCUAUUAGGUCCACGUUAUGCCUGUGCUUUUCUUAUUAUGCUUUCUGCACCCACAGUUUUUUGCAUGACUUUCGUGUCGUCUGCUGGAGGAUAUGUAGCUGUUAGAUUCAUGAUUGGAUUUUCAUUAGCAACAUUUGUUUCCUGCCAGUUUUGGAUGAGCACUAUGUUUAAUGGUAAGAUUAUUGGAGUUGUUAAUGGAACUGCUGCUGGAUGGGGUAAUAUGGGGGGUGGAGCUACUCAGUUGCUUAUGCCUUUGCUUUAUGAGUUAAUUAAAAGAGCUGGGGCUACACCUUUUACUGCUUGGAGGAUUGCUUUCUUUAUUCCUGGUUGGUUACAUGUGAUUAUGGGGAUUCUGGUUUUGAGUUUAGGCCAAGAUUUACCUGAUGGUAACCUUAGCACUUUGCAGAAGAAGGGGGAUGUUCCCAAGGAUAAGUUUUCUAAGGUCCUAUGGUAUGCUAUAACAAAUUACAGAACUUGGGUCUUUUUCCUUCUAUAUGGAAUGUCAUUAGGAGUGGAACUAACUACUGACAAUGUUAUUGCAGAAUACUUCUUUGACAGAUUUGACCUCAAGCUCCGCACAGCCGGCACCAUAGCCGCAAUCUUUGGGAUGGCCAACAUCUUUGCUCGCCCUAUGGGUGGCCUCAUGUCUGACAUUGCCGCCCGCAGAUUUGGAAUGCGUGGCCGCCUCUGGAACCUUUACAUCCUGCAAACACUAGGAGGCAUAUUCUGCAUAUGCCUUGGCCGAGUCAGCUCUCUCCCGCUCUCUGUCCUCUUCAUGAUCCUCUUCUCCUUGGGUGCACAAGCCGCCUGUGGCGCUACCUUUGGUAUCAUCCCCUUCAUCUCUCGUCGUUCUUUAGGCAUCAUUUCAGGACUCACUGGUGCAGGUGGCAAUUUUGGGUCAGGGUUGACUCAGCUUUUGUUUUUUACAAGCUCAACAUACACUACAGCAACUGGGUUGUCUCUGAUGGGAAUCAUGAUAGUUGCUUGUACGUUACCUGUGACACUUGUGCAUUUUCCACAAUGGGGUAGCAUGUUCUUGCCUGCAACAAAGAAUGUGGAGAAAUGUAGCGAAGAGUAUUAUUAUGCCUCGGAAUGGAAUCAAGAAGAGAAAGAGAAAGGGUUGCACCAAGGAAGCCUUAAGUUCGCCGAGAAUAGCCGGUCAGAGAGGGGACGACGGGUCGCUUCUGCUGCUACACCACCUAGUUCUACAGCUGCUAAUUUGUAGGAGGCUAAAACGAAAUACUUUGCAUGAUAUAUUUAAUUACAUAUAUGUUGUAACUAACUAAAGUCUAAAUAAUAUUAGAUAGUGCUUGCAGAGAUU